AUGGCGAAAAUGUCUCGUAAGCGUGUGGCUAAUUUCACACCCGACGAAAAGGCAGUCUUAGCUCAAUUAGUACAUAAUAGGCCCGUCAUUGAAUCCAAACAUACCGAUGGUAAAACGAUACAAAAGAAAAAAGCAGCUUGGGAGACAUUAACAGUGGAGUUUAAUUGCAAAACACAUGUGCAUCAGCGUGAUACUGGUACUUUGAAAAGGGCUUGGGACAAUAUGAAAGCCCAUGCUCGAAAAGUAAGAGCUAGCCAAUGUGGGGAAUUAAAUGAGACUGGUGUAUCAGAUUUUAAGAAGUCACCCAAAGACGACCUCAUCUAUCCCAUGGUUGAAGAGGUGGAACCUCUGAAAUUUUGUGAAAUUACCAACUCUGUUGAUAGUGAUGGAGUUUUAUUAAGUUCUAAUGAUGAGUCACAAAAUGAAAAUACUGAUCUGAUAGAACCCAAUGAUUUGGACAUAAUACACCACCAAGAACAGGAAGCUACUCCUGUGUUUACGCAAGGUUAUUCUAAUGAUGUGAAGAGUAAGCAUUUGAAAACAGCAGACUAUAUCAGGAAAGAAGCUAUAAUUAGAAUCAAACACUAUGAAAAAAAGAAGAGAAUGGAAAUGAAAAUUUUAGAAGCACAAUUGGAGACAGCUGAAUCAGAGAAAAGAACUGCUAUCAUGGAAGAAGAGAGAAGUAGAAUACGUUUAGAGAUAUCAAAAAAGGAACUAGACAAUUUAAUGCAGACUACAAGAACUUUCCCUAUGUAG